AUGAAGUUCACGUUGAUCUUACUUGCAUCACUUCUCUUCUUGGCCAUCGCUGGACAUGCCGAGAAAGAAGAACCUACAAUUAUUGAAGAAUUGAAAGAUGAAGCUCCAGUAGAAGAUGAGGAGGGCGAAGUAGCCGAAAAAGAAGAUGAGAUCGAAUCUCUCGAGAACGAAUUUCAAGUAAAAGAAGAGGACGAACAGCCUGAAGAAGCUAAAGCGGCUAAUAUUUCUUUCAAUUUUUUACUUCAAAUUCAUCAUUUUAACAGUCGAGACGCCGUCAUCCCUGGCAAGAUAACCGCUACUGGUUCGAUUAUCGCUCCCAGAACAGUUGGACCAGACGCCGUCGCCGCUUUCGCUAUAACAGGCGUCGUUUCUCUGGAAAAAAAGCUAAAAUUUUAA